CGCGUCCCUCGCAGCUCUGUGGGCCAGGAUUUCCCGGUGUCGCGCCGGUUGUCCUCUGCCGCCCCCGGCUUGCUCCCCACGUGCGGUUCCUCGGCUGUCCCCGUCCUGCAGCCUCCGCCCUCGCCGUGGCCGGCGCCCGCUGUGACCGCCCCCUGGCUGCGGUCUCCAUGGCGCGGGGCGACGCUGGGAGCCAGGGCCGCGGAGACCGCGCCCUGAGCGCAGGCCGGCCGCCGUCGCUCGGGCGCCCGAACCGGGUGGCCCGGUGAAGCGCUCGGCGGCGCUGGGUCUGCAGUCCACCGAGGGCGUGCUCGCCGGGCGCCCUCAUCCGCCCGGAGGCCCCGCUCUCCCCAUACGAACGUCCCAGGCCAGGGGACCGUGCAGCGCCCCAGGGCGCUUUGUGGCCUCAAGGUCUUUUGGUCAUAUUGAAAAAGAAGUUGACUAAGGCAAAGAGGAAGAAGAAAAACUCCCUAUGGUGUGAUAAGUACUCCCUGUGAUGGGAUACUGUGUGCUUCCUAUCUGUCUCGGUCAGCUUGGGUUGCCCUAACAAAAGACUGGCUGGCUGACAGAACAAAAAUUUAUUUCUCUCAGUUCUGGAGAUUGGAAGCCUGAGAUACCAGCAAGGACACGUUACUGUUUCCGGAAUCCAAGUGGAAUCCCACGCUGUAAAACAAUGCCAGGAAAAAAGGAAGGGAAACGAAAAACCAAAGGGGCUUCCCUUCCCAUCGUCCCGAUUCUUCAAAAGUUCCUGGAAACCUACGAGAGGCACUGUGCGCAGUCUGGGACGCCUGUGUGCCCAGCCGUCCAGAGGGACCUGGACAGCAGCAUCGACAGCGAGCAGAGCCUCAGAAAGUUUGUGCUUGUGAGACCUGACAACUCCCCGCCAAGCGUCCUACCAGUGUCCCUGGAACCUUUGCUCAUGACGAUCCGAGAUGAGCGUUACACACUGGGGAAAGAGAUCUGCAUCUGGGGCCUUCAGCUGAGCAACCCGGAGAUGGCCCGGCUCGCUUUGUUUCUGGAGUCGAAGGGGCGGGCCACCUGUCCAUUUACCACCUUGGAAAUCAUCGAUUGCAAGAUGGAUCCCUGGUCCCUGGGGCGACUCGGGAAGGCUCUGCAGUCCAGCUGUUUGCGUUCUCUUGUCCUCGAUUACUGCAGAUUUGGAAAUGAAGAAAUGGAGAGUAUUUUCUCCGGCCUGGAGAAGCACCCCAGGCUUCGCAGCCUCAGUCUGCGUUACUGUGGGCUGGGGCCCCAGAGCGGGCGGCGGCUGGGCUCCCUCGCCAGCCAGAGUGCCAUAUGUGAGCUACACCUUGAAGGUAACCACUUGCAGUGUUCCGGAGCUCUGGCUCUGCUCAGACCCAUGGCGGAGUACGCAGAGACGCAGGGACGAGACCAGCCGGCCACCGCCUCACCAGACACCGGGAAUCCCCCUCAGCCGCUCCAGACUGACCAGCGAGCAAGAUCAACUUUGAACCAAACUGCAAAAUCGUCCGAAGCGGUUGCAGUGAAAACUACUUCAGAGAAGAAAAAGAGAAGAAAAGGGAUCAGGAGAAAAAUGAAAGGUUUGACUGAAGCUGGUCCUUGGCUAGUGAAGUUGUUCAUGGCAGAUAACGGCCUAGAUGGAAAAGGAGGAGGAGACUUGUUGGAAUUCACUCGAACUUUAACAUGCCUGAUCAGGUACUCUACCCACUUGAGGGAAAUUGACCUUGGAAACAAUGUCCUGGGAGAAACGGCUGCUGGUGACAUCCUUGUAGCACUGAGAGCAGAAAGACAGGGUAAAUUACCAGCCUUAAAAAUUACAGUCACUCCCCAGAUCUCUUCAGACACCUUCAGAGCUAUUUGGAAACGCAAGAAAUCGAAUACAGCCCGAAGAAAGAAAAAAAGGGCUCGUUCCUGA